GGUAUCUUCCGAUGUCAAAGUUGACCGGGAAAGUCUUGUUGUUUCUGCGGCAGCUCCAGUAAUUUAGCUAGAACAACGGAAUAACUAGAAAUACAAGAGUCACCCGAACACAGCGAUCGUAUUUCAGGCACAACCACGACAGUUAAACCACCCAAAGAUGGAAGAAAAGCUGAAUGGAUCACUGCCUGUCUCCCCAGAAUAUCUUCAGCAGUGGAUUCAAUCUGCACAACAGUUUCAGGCUCUUCAAGCCCAGUAUUCAGGCUUCAACCCCAACCAUCAGUUUCACUGCCUCGAGAGAGAGACAGGACAGCAAGCCAUGGCACACACGGCUAAUCCUGAAUCCAUGAUGGAGCAGCAAGUGCCUGCCAAUCUGACCAAACCUCCACCAAAAAAGAGAGGAAGACAAGCUCAACCCAAGGAACCUGGAGCACUGAAACCACCCAAAACCCCUAAGGUGCCAAAGCAGCCUAAAGACCCAAAUGCACCUAAAGCAAAACCAGGACCUAAACCCAAAAAGGACAGUCAAGGUCAGAUAGAGGGUAAACAGGAGAAGAUUGAUGAGACCUUCAAGAAGGUGAAGAGGAAAGUGGAUCGCUUCAAGGGAAUGACAGAGGAAGAAGUCAUGAAAAAAACUCUUCCAGACUUGCUGGACUACAACUUGGACUAUGUUAUUAUUGGUAUCAAUCCAGGGCUGAUGGCAGCUUACAUUGGACGAUGGUUUCCUGGUCCUGGAAACCACUUUUGGAAGUGCUUAUUUCUGUCUGGAUUUACUGAAGAGCAGCUCAACCACAUGCACGACUCCACUCUGCCUGUCAAAUAUAAAAUGGGCUUCACAAACAUGGUGGCCAGGGCAACACCAGGGAGCAAAGACCUCUCAAGCAAAGAGUUGCGUGAAGGAAGCAAAAUUCUCGUGGAGAAGCUGAAGAAUUACAAGCCUCUCAUUGCUGUUUUCAAUGGAAAAUGCAUCUUUGAAAUGUUCUGCAGAGAACUGUUUGGUAAAAAACCAAAGACUCUUGAAUUUGGGUUGCAGCCUCACAAAAUACCAGACUGUGAAGUGGCUCUGUAUUUGAUGCCUUCAUCCAGCGCUCGCUGUGCUCAGUUUCCACGUGCUCAAGACAAAGUCCACUUCUACAUCAAACUGAGAGAACUCAGGGAUCAGCUAAAGGGUGUCCAAAGAAGCACAGAUAUCCAGGAGGUUAAAUACUCCUUUGACCUUGAAUUGGCCAAGGAGGAUGCUAAGAGGCUGGCGAUAAAGGAGGAGCAGUACGAUCCUGGUUAUGAAGACGCCUAUGGUGGAGCAUAUACGGAGAGGGGACCCAAAGGGGCUCAGAGCCAGACCAAUGGUCACUGUACCUUUUCAUCUGUUGAAACUUCAGAAAGCGUAGAAGCGACCACGUCACAGUCGGCAGAGGGUCAGCUUCCAGAUGGACAGUGGAUGACUCAGUCCUUUGCAGAUCAGAUCCCAGACAUCAGUGGACCGAAGGACACAAGCAUAUGAAGAAAAGGCUUUGGUCUUCCUGUGUGACUGUCCCUCUGUGGUUUUAUCAAGUUUUAGAUCCCCCUCCCUUUAGUGAGUGGAACGCACUCACACAUAGUGGACAGAUUUUGCAGAGUAUUCCUGCAUUUAUUAUUGUUAUUAUUUUUAUUUAGUUUCUGGUUGUGUUAGACAUGAAUGCCUAUAUGAUUCCUUCAUGGCAGUCUUUUUACAUAUGUCAAAUCAGGGACUUGAUGCUUGACUGUCCUUGGAGAAGGUCAUGUAUUUUAACCUCUUUGUACUGUACCAUACUGCACAGUCAUGCAGUAAUUGUGAACAUUCUUGUCUACUGUAUUUACAGUAGACUUAAUUCUCUGUGGUUACUUUUUUAAGGUGGACUGAACAGUUGUGAGUGUGUGUAAGCAGUGAGAGUUAGUGAGCAUUAACGGUUUAUAUUCAUGGUGCUAUGAACUGACCACAAUGCAGUUGACACUUGAUGACUCAUUGUGGACAUUAGAAUCCACAGCCUUUCAGUACUGAGCUGUAAAACUCAAGCAGGUCAUAUUUUAACUUUAUGGUGUCAUCUUUAGUUUUUUUUUUUCCUUGUAUUUUGUUUGUUUGUUUAUAGAAUUUUCAAAUUGUUUGCUUAUGCAAUUUUUAUUUUCUGAAACAUUUGUCUAUUAAAAUUUUUUUUUUUUCUGAAUUAGUUGUUUUUAUGGUCCACUUUAUCUUUUCAUAGAGUACAGCAGGUACUAGGGGUGCACGAUAUGUCAUUUCAGCAUAGUCAUCACGAUGUGUGCAUGCACAUCCAGGGCUUCCAGAUUGCUCCCAAAGGGUCACAUUUUGAGUUUUUUUUUGUUUUGUUUUUUUUUUUUUACAAUUGCUGGCAAACACGUGACCUGGUAAUGUGUCCGGAUUGUUUUUGUUAUUCCUCCCCAUGUUUGUAACCGUGGAGUCUGCAGGCGUAUGCUGGGUAUAGAGGGGUGGAAGAGGCUCGCAGUGAUUAGUCAACUAACUCACUGUUUGAUUUACAGUUGUGGUCAGAAUUUUUUUUUUAUUUUUUUUUAUAAACAUACGUAUGUUCAUCUUGGGCAUGAAUGUCAUGGAAAUU